AUGGGUGUUUCUGAGCCAGGAAAAGUAUGCAAGAAUCAUCCAUAUCACGAUCAGAAACAAGGGGUCUGUGCAUCAUGUUUAAGAGAGAGAUUAACGCAGCUAAUCUAUGUCAAUACUUCACAAUCAGCAGUGCUUGCACCUCCUUCGUCAUCAUCUUCUCCUGAUCAUCCCUUCUCUUCUGUUGCCUCUACAAACCAUGUAUCUCGUCGCCAGCAUCACCGGAACAUUUCAGAUAAUUAUAAUAUGGGUUCAGUAUCUUUCAGGGUACGUGUCAGUAACCGCUUGAAGAAGAGUAGAUCAAUUGCUUUUGUGACAAGAAACCAUACUGGAGAGGUAAAAAAUGGGAAGAAGAGCAAUGGGUUCUGGACUAAUUUGCUUCAUUUGAAGGGAAAGAAGGAUCGGGUUUUGAUGCGUUCUGCUGUCUCUAUGAAUGAAAGGUUGUAUUAA